AAAGCAAAAGGAACUCCCUUUAUUAAACCGCGAAUUUACUUGUAGCUAUUUCCCCUCCCGUGCUUCAAACUUCUUUUAUCUCUGAUACUCGGAGAGAACAAAUGCAUUGAUGAUUAUAUGUAAGUGGUGAUCGAAUCGAUCAAAGAAACAGCAUCAAUGGCCCUCUCGACGCGGCAGCGACGCCCUGUUUUUUCUGAUUCAUCUGUUUCAUCAUCCACUUCAUAUUCGAAACUCGACAAAGCGGAGAAACCAGAGCCCAAAGACGAAGACAUAGGGUUGGGCUGGAUGCUGCCCUUGUUUGCGUUGGGGAUGCUGAGGUAUAUGAGCGCCCACUCCAACAUCAUUCACGAUUGUGAUGAAGUAUUCAAUUACUGGGAGCCGCUUCACUUCCUCCUCUAUAAAUCUGGCUUUCAAACUUGGGAAUACAGCUCCCAAUUUGCCCUUCGGUCAUAUCUAUACAUUCUUUUUCAUGAGUUAGUGGCUCAACCUGCUUCCUGGUUGUUUGGUGAGGAAAAGGUUAGAGUAUUCUAUGCGGUAAGACUCUUCCUUGGCCUUAUCUCAGCCAUCACAGAGACUGUUUUAGUGGUUGCUCUUUCUAAGAAAUAUGGAAAGCGCCUUGCUUCUUAUACACUUGCAAUGUUAUGCCUGACCAGUGGUUGUUAUUUUGCUAGCACAAGUUUUUUGCCAAGUUCAUUCUCUAUGUACGCUGUCACUCUUUCAUCAGCUCUAUUUCUUCUUCAAAAACCUGCCAUGGCAGUUUCAGUUGCAGCUGCUGGGGUGAUCCUUGGCUGGCCAUUCUCAAUAUUGGCUGUUCUGCCAAUUACAUGCUACUCUUUAGUGAAAAAAUUCAAACAAGUAUUUCUUUCUGGUGUAGCAACCACUGUUGCUCUUCUUGCACUCUCAGUUUUAAUUGAUUAUUGCUACUACAAAAGAUGGACAUCAUCCGUCCUCAACCUACUGGUAUACAAUGUCUUGGGGGGCGGUGAGAGCCAUUUGUAUGGGACUGAAGGACCACUUUUUUAUUUGAGGAAUGGAUUUAACAAUUUCAACUUUUCUUUUGUUUUUGCAUUAUUGUUCCUGGUGAUCCUUCCAAUUAAGAGAGAGAAGUAUGCCCCAGAUUUUCUGGUUGUGGUCUCACCCAUUUACAUUUGGUUGGCAUUUAUGUCUUUGCAGCCCCACAAAGAAGAAAGGUUCCUUUAUCCAAUAUACCCACUUAUUUGUGUUGCUGCUGCAGCUGUCAUUGAUAGUUUUCCAGAUCUUUUCAGGGAUAAGUACAAUCCCAAUGACAAUUCCUGGAUUGUUAUUAUUGCCAAAGCCCUCAGACCUCUGGUUCUUAGUCUCAUAUUGUGUGCAUCUCAUAGCCGCACAUUCUCCCUGAUUCAUGGUUACUCUGCACCCUUGGAGAUCUACAAGCAUUUGGAACACCAUGACGAUGUUGGAAUAGGUUCUGUGGUAUGCAUUGGUAGUGAAUGGCACCGGUUUCCAUCAUCCUUCUUCAUCCCUGACUAUGUGGGUGAAGUUCGUUGGAUAGAUGAUGGGUUCCAAGGCCUCCUUCCAUUGCCAUUCAAUUCUACCUUGGGUGGGACUGCAGCAGCACCACAUUAUUUCAACAACAAAAACAAGGCAUCUGAUGAGCAAUAUCUCAGAGAUGUUGAUGCCUGUACUUUCCUUGUUGAAUUGCAACUAAACCGGCCUUACCUUUCUCGUGGCAGUGACCUGUCAACAUGGGAGGUUGUUGCUGCUUUACCCUUUCUGGAUAGGGAGUUUUCACCUCCUAUGUACCGGUCAUUCUUCAUUCCAUAUCUAUGGCAACAUAAAAAUGUAUUUGGUAUGUACAAACUGCUGAGGAGAAUACCCAAGUGAUCUGGGAUUGACAAGAAAAUACUCCUAGGGAAAGAGUUUUGUAUCCAACUCUGCUGGUUUUUGAAGUGUGAUUAGUUACUACGAAGUUGAUCCAGGCCAAUUUGAGAAAACUUAUUUGACCAGCCUAACGAGUUAAGACUUGAGAAUGCCAUUUUAAUCUAGGCCCUUGUAAGCACAUGGCAUUCGUAACUGUUGGAUUGAUUACCCGGUGGUGAACUAUGCAGUUUUUUUAAACCAAUUGAAGAAGAGAGGAUUGGAGUUUAUAUUCCUGUAACUGUGAAAACCUAGUCAUCAAAUUUUCAUUCAUUCCUGUUUA